GGUAUUGUAGCAGAGGGAGCACAGAAUUUCAGAUUCUCUGAUUCUCCUGCUGCUAACGUUUAAAUCGACAGUUAGGGAAACCGUAGUUACACGGCCACACGAUGUCAAAGGAGAUCCUCAACGGCACAUCGGUGGAGAUGAAGGAGGGCGUCAGUAACGAGGGGUUCCAAGUAGAUGAUGAGGAGACUGUUGAUGAAGAUAAAUUACAAGGCGAACGAAGUUCGUCCGUGGUCCUGUCGCCGAAUGAAGAGGACAGCGCCUACAGACAGAUCAAACCGUACGCCGGCAUGCCUAAAGAAGUUCUGCUACUGUAUUCGAACCAGGCCCGGUAUCGUCUUCCCCGGGAGAUCCUGUUUUGGUUAGUGAUGGCGUCCACGGUCGCGCUGGUGGCCUUGACCAUCACGGUAAUUGCUAUGUCGCCGGCUUGCCUCAGUUGGUGGCAGUCGUCCGCAGUGUACCAGAUUUACCCACGUUCCUUCAAGGACUCGGACAAUGACGGCGUCGGAGAUCUAAAAGGUAUCAGAGAGAAGCUGGAUCACUUUGAUUACCUCAACAUCAAAGCCAUCUGGAUCAGCCCCUUCUACAAGUCGCCCAUGAAGGACUUUGGGUAUGACAUCGAGGACUUCCGGGAAAUCGACCCUCUGUUUGGGACCAUGAAGGACUUUGAGGACCUUCUCAACGCCAUGCACGAUAAAGGGCUGAAGUUGAUCAUGGACUUCAUCCCCAAUCACACCAGCGACAAGCACAAGUGGUUCCUGCUCAGCCAAAACCGCACCAGCGGCUACGAGGACUACUACAUCUGGGCCAACUGCACACCCUUCGCACCGCCAAACAACUGGGUGAGCGUGUUCGGGAACUCCUCCUGGACGUACGAUGAGGCGCGGGGCCAGUGCUACCUGCACCAGUUCCUCAAGGAGCAGCCCGACCUCAACUUCCGCAACCCGCUCGUCCGGCAGGAAAUGAAAGCGAUCAUGCAGUUCUGGCUGGACAAGGGCGUGGAUGGGUUCCGCAUGGACGCCGUCAAACACAUGCUGGAGGCCGCACACCUGAGGAACGAGCCCCAGGUGGACCCCGACAUGCCCCCGGAGGACGUGAAUUCAGAGUUCGACCUGUACCAUGACUACACCACCUCCCAGCUGGGCCUGCACGACAUCCUGCGGAACUGGAGGGUGGAGAUGGACCGCUACAGCAGGGAGCCGGGCCGAUACAGGUUCAUGGUGACCGAGUCCUACGACUACGAGGAGAUUGAGAAGACCAUGAUGUACUACGGGACGGAAACCGUCAAAGAAAGCGACUUCCCCUUCAACUUUUACCUCAUCGACCUUCCCCAGCAACUGUCUGGAGAAGGUGCCUUCAGCCUAGUCAACCGCUGGAUGACCAACAUGCCCAAGGGCAAGUGGGCCAACUGGGUGGUGGGGAAUCACGACAAGCCGCGCAUCGCCUCCAGUGCGGGGCGGGCGUACACGCGUGUCAUCAACAUGCUGCUGCUCACGCUGCCUGGCACGCCCACCACGUACUACGGCGAGGAGAUCGGCAUGGAGAACGUCAACGUGACCGAGAUCCAGGACCCGUUCGGCAAGUUCAACCCGAACGCGAGCAGGGACCCUCAGAGGUCGCCCAUGCAGUGGAACGCGGAGCCGUACGCCGGGUUCAGCCGGAACGAGACCUGGCUUCCCAUCCACCCCGACUACGCCACCGUCAAUGUGGAGGUCCAGCAGACGGAGAGCGGGUCGGUUCUGGAGCAGUACCGGACCCUGAGUCUGCUGCGGCAGUCGGAGCUGGCGCUGCACCGAGGCUGGGCCUGCUUCCUGUACCGAGACGCCCACGUCCUGGCCUUCGCCCGGGAACUCGACGGGCACCCCCGGGCCUUCCUGGUGCUGCUCAACUUCGGGGGCGCCGCGGUGACGGACCUCUCCGGGGUGUCCGAGCUGCCCGACGGGCUGACGGUCCGCGUGGGCACCCGGGGCAGGGCGGGGGAGCGCGUGCGGAAGGGCCAGAUCCCGACGGAGCCCGGGGAGGGGCUGGUGCUGGAGUACUCCUCCGACGUGCGGCUGCACCCCAACCACGCCUCCAAAUGCUACAUCUCCCACAAGGCCUGCUACCUGAGCGCUCUGGACAUCCUGUACAAGUGCUGAGUUCAGCGCUGGGGGGUGGGGGGGCUCCCGAAUGUGUCUGCAUCCCGCGCGUCUCCAAUCCAGCCGUUCCAUACGUGUUGUUCGUCUGAAUGUUUUUAAUUAAAGAUUUGCACAUUUUCAUA